AUGACACUCGUUGCAUAUCUAACACCCACUCUACCGCCUAUCCUUCUCUUUCUUUCUCUCUCUCUUUUCAUCACUCCCCACUCUCUCUCUCUUUCUCUCUCCUAUACACUCUCUCUCUCCUUCACUUUCUUUCCGUCUUUCUCUCUCUCUCUUUUCAUCACUCCUCACUCUCUCUUUCUCUCUCCUAUACACUCUCUCUCCUUCACUUUCUUUCCAUCUUUCUUUCUCUCUCUCUUUUCAUCACUCCCCACUCUCUCUUUCUCUCUCCUAUGUACUCUCUCUCCUUCACUUUCUUUCCAUCUUUCUCUCUCUGUCUUUUCAUCACUCCCCCUUCUCUCUCUUUCUCUCUCCUAUACUCUCUCUCCUCCACUUUCUUUCCAUCUUUCUUUAUCUCUCUCUUUUCAUCACUCCCCACUCUCUCUUACUCUCUCCUAUACACUCUCUUUCUCCUUCACUUUCUUUCCAUCUUUCUCUCUCUCUUUUCAUCACCCCCUUCUCUCUUUCUUUCUCCAAUACACUCUCUCCCUCCUUCACUUUCUUUCCGUAUUUCUCUUUCUCUUUCUCUUUCUCUCUUUUCAUCACUCCCCCUUCACUCUAUCUCUCUCCUAUACACACUCUCUCUCUCCUAUACUCUCUCGCUUUUCAUCACUCCCCCCUUUUCUCUAUCUCCCUCUUUUAAUCACCCCCUUCUCUCUCUCUCCUAUACUCACUCUCACCUAUACACACACUCUCUCUCUCUCUCUCUCUCUCUCUCUCUUUCUCUCUAUUUAUGAUGGACUUUUUCUUUUCCGAUCUCAAUUUCUCUUCGCCAUUGUUUUUCUUUUUUACAUGCUUCGAUAUACUCCAGGCUGCUUGCGUUCAGUUCAAUAA